UAAAAAGAACAGACCUCAUGAGUGACGCAGGUUAUGUUAGAUAUGUAUGUUAUGUAUGAAUUUGGCGGUAUCUUAAAAUUUCAACAAGAAAGUUAGAAAUUGUUGAUUGCCUUUCAGUUGGCCAGUAUAAUGUAAAAGUGGAAAAUUAAUGGCCUGAUUUGGAAACAUUGAGAAGAGGUGUCACAGGAAUUAGUAAGAAUGAUCGUUAAAUUUGAAAAGAUAAUAAGCUGUUCUUCGGAACAUCCAACGUAUCCUGCCGCCAAUCUUCUCCAGUGCAAUUCAGAAAAUUGGAAAGCUACUUGGCGAUGUGCCAAGCCGGGAGAGAUGCUGGCCCAAGUGAUAUUUCAGUUGGUCGAACCUUCUUAUAUCACGGGAGUGGACAUUGGCAAUUUUCAGAGUUGCGUGGUAAUCGUCACUGGCUCUACGUCAUCUGAACCUGACAACUGGAUAGUUAUAGUAAAUCACAAGUUUAUGACAAAUGAUGAAGCAGCAAAUAAUAAGUUCAAGGACCAAGUACAAUUAUUUACAAAGAGGGAAUUAAAUCCAGAUACAUUGAAAAUUAAAUUUGAUCGAGUCAAAGUCACUUGUAUGCAAUCAGCAAAUUUAAAAGUCUUAUUUGGACUGUCGUAUAUUAUCUUAAGAUCAGACUCUACUGUUGAUUUAGGCUUAGAUGUAUUUGGCAGGUUUAAAUUGAAACAGCCACAUGUCAUGAAAACACCUAUGGAGAUGAUGAAAGAGAAAAUUCUCAAUAAAACGGAAAAUAAAAAGAUCGAUUAUAAGGAUGAGUUGCGUGAACAGAUAAAAAGAAAUUCGAUGGAAAAUUUUGCUAAAUGUCAAGAGGAGCCUAGAUCUAUUAAGAGGCCAUUAUUAGAAAAGUUGGAAGCUGGAGAAGCUGAUGAGGUUUUUAAAAAAAAUGAUAAAAAUGAUAAAACUCAGCCACAAGAUUCACAAAAUAAGAAUAAAACGCCUAAAAAUAACAGAAACAUAAAAAAUGAGAAAACAGUGGUUAAAACUCCUUUUGGAGAUAUUGUACCUUUGGUAAGCAAUGAUACUAACCAAAAUGACACGAAAGAUGCUCCUAAAAAUUCUUGUAAGAAGAGAGCUUUAAGCAAGUUGGGGGAUUCACUAAAUAAUGGUGAAAAGAAAAGACAGAAAUGUUCUAACUGUUGCAAGGAUUCGCAAGAUCAGUUGUGUAAAACUUGUCAACGAUUACCACUACCUCCUGUAACUGUGGAAAAUACUACAUUGAAGACAAAUGUUUCUGUGAAACCUAAAAAACGAUUCAAAGAAUUGUUCAGUAAUGCCACAUUCUCCCUCAGUGGAUAUGUUAAUCCACAGAGAGACGAAAUUAGAAGGAAAGCUUUGAAUAUGGGUGCCAAAUAUAUACCUGAUCCAAAUACAACUAAUAAAAAAUGUACUUAUUUAAUCUGUGCUUUUAAAAAUACACCAAAAUACCAGCAGUUCAAAAAUCAUACAAAAAUUGUCUCUCAUGUCUUUAUUGAAGAAUGUUUUGAUAAAAAGAUAAGAUUUCCUUGGAGGCGAUAUGCUUUAGAUCAAAAGGACAAAUUGCAACCUGAAAGUGAGGAAGAAAUUGAUGGUAAUCAAUCAGAAUCUGUAUAUGACAUGGAUACUGAUGCUGAUUCCGAUUAUUAAUAUUUAAAUUCUACAUUUAGCAAUCCUUAACAUUAUUUUAACAUAAUUAUAUC